GAUGAUAGCCGAGUACUGCCGAACAUGGUAGCGAAAGCGGUCGUAGAAUAAAUUAAGUGACGUCACGCAGUGUAGCCACCGGUGCGCCUUCUGGAGAGCGAAACGAUCAACCGCUGUGUUCACAUCAACAAGAGUGAAAUUGUGAAACGCCAUGGCUGCAGAUGAUAUAGGACAGUUAGCCGAUGCGCUGUCCAGGACCCACGUCGGAGAUGGAGAAUUGAGCUACCAAGGCCGAGGACUGAAGCUUGACAACGCAGAGUCAGUGGCAGGCUUGGUGACAGAGAUCGCUCAGUACCAGGGACUACGUGCCCUGCGUUUGGAAGGGAACACCAUUGGAGUGGAGGCGGCGCAAGCCAUCGCCAAAGCCCUUGAAGACAAAGACCAACUUCAGAAAUGCCAUUGGAGCGAUAUGUUUACCGGAAGGCUGCGUGCCGAGAUCCCGACAGCGCUGCGGUCCCUGGGCAGUGCCAUCACAAGUGCAGGGGCCCGCCUCUCAGAGCUGGACCUGAGCGACAACGCCUUCGGGCCGGACGGAGUGAAGGGCAUCGAGCAGCUGCUAAUGAGCCCCUCCUGCCACUCACUGAAAGUGCUCCGCCUCAACAACUGUGGCAUGGGCAUCGGAGGGGGCAAGAUCCUGGCAGAGGCUCUGACUGAGUGCCACAGACGUUCUUCAGCCCUGGGUGCUCCACUCAGUCUCCGGGUGUUUAUCGCUGGGAGGAAUCGCCUGGAGAACGAAGGAGCCAGUGCCCUGGCUAAGGCCUUUAAGCUGCUGGGCAGCCUGGAGGAGUUGCAUGUGCCCCAGAACGGCAUCAACCACCCUGGCAUCAGAGCGCUGGCUUCGGCCAUGCAGCACAACCCCCACCUCCGCGUGCUCAACCUCAACGACAACACCUUCACCAAGAGAGGGGCUCUGGCCAUGGCACAGGCUCUGAGGCAUCUGAAGAACAUCCAGGUGAUCAACUUCGGCGACUGUCUGGUCCGCACAGAGGGAGCCAUGGCCCUGUCCGCCGUCCUGAGGGAGGGGCUGCCCAUCCUCAAGGAGCUGAACCUGUCAUUUGGAGAGAUCACCGAGCCUGCAGCUCUGCUGCUGGCCCAGGCGGUGCUGAACAAGCCCCAGAUGGAGAAGGUGGAUCUCAACGGGAACUGUCUUGGAGAGGAGGGAUGCGAAGCGCUGAGGGAAGCCAUGGAGGUCAUGGACAAAGCGGACAUGUUGGCAUCGCUCAGCGACGAUGAAGGAGAACCCGAUGACGAGGAUGACGAUGAUGAUAAUGAGACUGAUGAAGAUGACAACGAGACUUUUGAAGAUGAGGAGAAGGAGAAUCUGGAUGAGGAAGAGGAGCACAGCAAGGAAAACGGAGUGAACUGUAAUGGGAACUCCCCCAGUAGCAAACUUCAGAGCCCCACAAAGAUAGCAUCGUACCUCUGCAGCCCCUCUUCAGAGAAGGAGCUGGACCUUGAAGACAAGACCGCCAGCCUAGAGCACCAGCGCUCCUGUCCCCAAACCACAGAGAGCAUGACUGUGGACGCCGAUGACCCCGAGAGGGCGGCAGACGUGCUCCUGAAGAUCUCCGCCUCGUACAAGGAGGAGGCCGAGUCCGGGGAGGCCCUUCUGGAGGCCGUGGACGCCGUGCUGAAGACCAUGCUGUCGGCCUCGCUGCUUCAGUCCACCUGCUUCCUCUCCACCCUGCUGGUCCACAUGGGACUGCUUAAGGGUGAGGGGAAGGUGAAGAGGGUUCCGGUGGUGUCCGCCCAGCUGUCCUGUCUCACCCAUGCCGUCCAGCAGCCCUACUUCCAGCAGCACCAUGCCCUGCUGCUGCACACGGUCCUCUGCAGGAACGGCAAGGCUCUGAAGUCCUGCAGCAGCGCCCUGGAGGGCCUGCAGGACGCGCUGAAGAGGAGGUGCAGCGCAGACCACUGACACACACACACACACACACACACACACACACACCGACUGAAGGACAAUUUCUUGUAACGACUAAGUUCUAAGAGUCUUCAUACUUAAGCAAAAAAGUCUGAACAAACACUUGUUUUUUUGUUUUUUUCACGAAAUCACUCUUCCUGGUUUGUUUUUGUUUUGUAAAUGUUCAUACAGCCUCUAUUUUUUUAUAUAAAGGAAGAAGAUCGGAAGGAAAUAAAAUGUAAAAGACACAGAAGCUUGUAAUGUUAACUGUGCCUUCAAUGCCAGUCUUCCUCCCUUAAAGCGGUUUGUUCUGACAAUCUGAAAGCCGUCCAUGUCUGGAAUCGUCCCUAUCACACUUGUUUCUUCACAUCGUGGCAUCUCUAAUUUGUGUUUUUGUUUGAUACCGCUAACUGCGUCCAAUCAUCGUAUCAGGGGGCAACGGUAACAAAGACAUAAAGGGAAAGACAGUUCAUAUCUGUACUCGGUCACAGUCAUCAGGGCUAUGGUCGUAUAGGGGGCUGUGGGGGUUGAUCCAGUUCAGAGUGUUCUGUGUGCAUCAGACUGUGAGCAGGAAUGGACUGCAUGCAUGAGCAUUCUCAAUCGCCCAGCCCCACCACACACACACACCCCUACCCCAUCUCUCAUCCCCUACCCCACUGCUCAACCCUUUAUGGACCUGAAUCUACGGUAUGCGUGCACAUGGUCCAGCCACUGUAAACAGUCUUAACACUGAAAUGCCCCCAGACACCGGCGGACAACUCAACCACAUGUGUACAUCUUUGUCUUUGUCAUGCGGGGAAUAACCUCACUUCACAUACAUGGGAAUAUGUAUGGAGCCAGGUGCUCCGUUAGGUGUGUUUCUAUCCUCUUCGCUCUCCUUCACCACGUUACCUCUCAAUUAAUUGUAUGUCUUGUGUUUUGAGAUGUUGAGGAGAAAAGGGUCACAACAUGGAGUGUAAUGUUAAUGUUGUAACCUGACAAACAUUAAAGGCAGACUACCAUUGA